ACCCCGCCCGCCUCGCUGGGUUUCUUCCCUGCUGCUUGCUGGCGUUGGGUUGCUGCCGGACCGGAGGAGUGAGCUGAAAAGGAGGAGGAGAGUGUGUGGGAGACUGGGAGUGCGAGACCGAGCCGCGUGAUCUUCCCUUGUUAGGUUGCUGGUGGCCAUGGCGGCAGCGGCGGCGCCGUACGCGCAGGUGAUGGAGGACAUGCGCAGGGGGCGGGACCUCGCCACGCAGCUGCAGGCGCUGCUCCGGGACUCGCCCGAGGCCGGCCGCCUCGUCGACCGGAUCCUCCACGCCAUGUCCCGCACCAUCGAGACGGCCAGGGCGGCGGCCGCGGCGGAGGAGGGCUCCGAGGGGCAGAGCGAGGUCACCUGCGCUGGCAGCGGCGCCGGCAAGAGGAAGGCCGCCGGAGGAGGGGACAAGAGGGCCGCCUGCCGGAGAAGAGCCCAGAAUUCGUCCACUGUCACGGUGACCAUCAAGGAUAUUGAGGACGGGCACGCCUGGCGCAAGUACGGGCAGAAGGAGAUACAAAACUCCAAGCACCCAAAGGCCUACUUCCGGUGCACGCACAAGUACGACCAGCAGUGCGCGGCGCUGCGGCAGGUGCAGCGCUGCGACGACGACCCGGACGCCUUCAGGGUCACCUACAUCGGCGUGCACACCUGCCGGGACCCCGCCGCCGUCGCGCCGGUCGUGCUCCAAUCGGCCGACGAGCUCCACGCCGGUUCCCGCCUCAUCAGCUUCGCGCCCAACGCCAGCGCCACCACGGCCAGCACCACCACCACCGGGGACACCAGCCAGCAGGGCGACCACAAGGGCGCCGCGCUGCUGGCGGGCCUGCGGCCCCUGAAGCUGGAGGCCGGCGCCGGCGCCGGCGAGCAGGAGGAGGUGCUGAGCAGCCUGACCCCCGCGGGUAGCUCGGCGGCCGCGGAGGCGGCGCGGAACGCCGCCGCGACGCCCGGGCCGGACCAGGGGGACGUGACCUCCGGCCUGCAGCACUGCUACGGCGGCGGCCUCGCCGACAUGGCGCCCUUCGACGAUGGCACCUUCGACCUCGACGACCUGUUCGGCUUCGAUCACGGAGAAGCUGAUUACUGACCGUGCCCGAUCAAUCGAGCUGUGAUCAGAGAAGAUGGGAGGACCGGCUCGGCCUGUAAUCUGUAUAUGGAAAUAAUGGCUGCGCGGAUCGUGUUUAAUUAGCUGCAAUGCCUAGUUAGUCUGUACAUGGUAUCUACAUUCUAAUGUUAAGACUCAGCUGCAGGUUGUGUAGAUUAUGUUAAUUAGGUACUAGGAGCAGAGAGCUUGCAUUGGCCUUCUCUGAGAAUCAGCGAAAUGCUACACGUUUUUGGGCUUCA